AUGUCAACUUGGCAACAUUACCGAGCGCUGUUGUAUAAAAACUGGAUUUUAUGGAAACGAAGGCUUUGUGGCUCACUGUGCGAGUUUCUGUUUCCAAUAGCUCUUUUGAUAAUGCUUGCAAUCAUUAGAGAGGCUGUUGGAUACACAAAGCAUGGGAUCAAAUCAUACCUUGUUGAUGAGGAAUGAGGAAUGACCCUUUCCACAAAUAACGUAAACUAUUUUGGAACCUAUUUUGAGCCUGCUGUUAAGUUUACAGAUUAUCCUAACUCUCCUUUUUGCAAAUAAACAAAAGUUUUAUCUCAUUUACUACUUUUAUUAGUUUCUAUAUUUAGUUCUUUUUGAUAUCCAGAACAAAAUUUAUUAAAAUCUAUUUGAAAAUUAAUUGAUACGCAUUUUUUUUAUCCAAAAUAAGGUUUUUGCUCGCUUAUACAAAGGGGAAGACUAAAAACUUUUCAAGCAACUAUUAUAGACUUUAUGAUGAUAAAAAAGAAAAAGGAAAAUGAUACAUCUCAUUCGUGAAUGAGGCAAAAAAUGAUUUUACUAAAUAUUUGAUUCAAAACUUGACUAACUGGGUUAAUUCUAUCAACCCAAACCUUCAAUAUAAUGUUACUAAUUUUAAUUCUGAAAAUGACUUAUCUCCUUAUUUAUAAUUCAACCUUUUUAGUUUUUAACUUAUAAAAUGGUUAGAAAUGCAUUUUAAUGAUUGAAAAAAAAUAAAGUUAAAAUAAUAUUUAAAAAUUUAGUAAAUAUCCACAGUAACAGUUUGGGAAUGGACUUAACACCUAGAAGUGACAACUCCCACCCUAGAAAAAUCAGACAAGCUUCGAAAAUGCUUUAGCAUGUUGAAAUUCAAUUUUUUUAAAUAAAAACUUUGAACAAAAAAAUAAAAUGUUUUUGGUCUUUAGAAUUGGAGAGCUAGAAGAUUACAUAAAAAAGAGCGAUUAUGGUGAAAAUGACGGCGAUCAUCCGAUGAAAAUAUUUUUUGCAGUAGUUUUUUAUAAAACCAACGAUUUCCACAACGUAAAAUACAGCUUUAGAACAAAUGUGACUUUUGCUUAUCCUAGUGGAGAUAGAAGAGUCGGCGACAACAUCGAAAUUUUUGAUUUCCAAAAAUAUUCAGCUACAGAGACUUUAUUGAGAAAACCGAUGCCUAAAUUUCAGUCUCAAUUUUUUGGGACAAAUUUUAUAUUUUUUAAAAUAAAUUUUCACGCAUCAUUAUUUUAUCAAAAUAAAUAGAAUUUAAACAUUUUCUGAGUUAAAUUAUUCUAAAAAAGCUUAUUCAUAUCAUGAACUACAUUGAUAAUCACAUCAUAAAAUACUACUCAGGGUCCCAAAACCCUUAUAUCGCCGCAGGUUUUGUGCCGAUGUACUAUGACGAGUACGUCUCUGAUGAUUUCAUCACACUGAUUGCUAACACCCUUCCCUUUUUCCUUAUCAUUUCUUAUUUAGUCCCAGUCUGCAGAAUGAUAUCUUUAAUAGUCCAAGAAAAAGAAUACAAAAUUAAAGAAAUGAUGAUGAUUAUGGGCCUUUCCAAUAAAGCGUACUGGCUUUCAUGGAUUACUUAUUAUUUCUCAGUCUAUACCUUAAUUGCAGCUGUUGGAGCAAUUAUUUCGACUAAACUAUUUAAAUAUAGCAAUAUUGGCGUCAUGUUUGUAUCAUAUUGGCUAUAUGGAAUGAGCUGUUUGGCGUUUAGUGUAUUUAUAAGCACCUUUUUUUCGAAAUCUAGGAGUGCAGUUAUGCUGGGAUUAAUGGCUUUUUUGAUUAGUUAUUUCAUUAGUUUUGCAGUGACUGAUCCUACUCUUGAUCAGUCAAGUAAAACUGCGGCUUCGCUGCUUCCUAAUGUAGCAUUGGCGCUGGGUUGUGAUGUUUUGUCGAAAUUUGAGGAUGGACAAGCUGGCGUCCAGCCUGAUAAUACGAGUUCGGUUAUUAAUAAUUAUACGUAUGGAACUUUUUUGGCAUUUAUGGUUAUUGAUACUGUCAUUUUUACAAUCCUGGCUGUGUAUCUUGAUAUUGUGUGGCCGACAGAGUGGGGUGUAAAAAGGCCGUGGUAUUUUUUAUUAUUUAUUCUAAAAUAAUAGUUUGAUUAUAAAAAAAUUUCCAAAAAAGUCCGUUUUCUCUCAAUUUUGGCAUUUAUUUGUAUUUAAUAAAAAAAAUUAAUAUUAUGCAGCAUACUAAAUCAUUUUGGUGCUCAAAUAAGAAAAAUGCCCACGAAGAGCUUUUUAGCGAAGAAAUUAAAUGAGCUGACAACGUUGAGCCAGGAGAUGAUAACUUAGAAAUCCAAAAAGAAAACGGCCAAGCCCUACUUAUUAGAAAGUUUAAAAAGGAUUUCGGCAGCAAAACUGUCGUUGAAAAUUUAAGCCUUGAUAUUUACAAUGGUCAAAUUUUUGCACUUCUAGGGCACAAUGGAGCAGGAAAAACAACUACAAUUUCUAUGAUGUGCGGGCUUAUUCCUACUUCCUAUGGGGACAUGAAAAUAAAUAACCUGUAUUUAUCGACUGACCUAGCCAAAAUAAGAAGGUCACUUGGAGUUUGUCCUCAGCAUAAUGUAUUAUAUAAUGAUUUGACACCAGAAGAGCAUUUAUACCUUUUUUCCGUCUUUAAAGGGAUGAAAGAUAAAAAAAUAAUAAAGGAACAAAUUAAAGAAAAACUCACAGAAGUGGAUUUAAUUUCCAAAAAAAAAAAUAUUUUUUAUUAUAUAAAUAAAGCUUUUUAUCAUUUUUUAGCGAAAAAAAAAUAAGAAUAUGACAAAAAGGUGUAGAUUAUCUAAAUUCUUGUCAGGUGGGAUGAAAAGAAAGCUUUCUUUAGCUAUUGCUUUGAUAGCAGAUUCUCCUAUUGUAUUAUUAGAUGAACCUACAUCAGGAAUGGAUUUAACAGCGAGAAGACAGAUGUGGGACAUGCUAAAAAACAAUAAAGCUAACCGAAUCAUAAUCCUAACAACUCACUAUAUGGAAGAAGCUGAUGUUUUAGCUGACAGAAUUGCAAUUAUGUCCCAUGGCAGCCUUAGAUGUCUUGGAAGCUCUCUUUUCUUAAAAAAGCGUUAUGGGGUUGGCUACUAUUUAACCAUAGUUAAAGAAGUAGGAAUUGCAAGUAAAUCUCAUACUCAAAAAGUAACAGAUUAGGCAGACCAAAAAAAACCUAUGAUAAAUUACAGUAAUUUUUUUAAAAAUUAUAUGCAAAAAAAUGACUGUAAUUUAUCACUUUUAUACCUAUCCAACAGAUUUUAUUCAAUCUUAUAUCCCUGACGCAACUGCAAUGAGUGAUGUUCAUGCUGAAAUUUCUUUCCAAAUCCCUAGCUCAAGCUCUGAUAAAUUCACAACUUUUUUUGCUGAUUUAGACGCAAAUCUUAAAGACUUACAGCUGAGGUCUUAUGGGGUUUCUGUAACCACCCUUGAAGAGGUGUUUUUAAGAGUAGCAAGAGGAGAUGAUGGGGAGAUUAAUAAAGACAAAGAAAAAGAUAAAGAAAAAGACGAAAAUGUGGAGCUUGAAAAUGAUUUUGUGCUGUCCAGAGACCGAUUAAAAGGCUCAUUAUUUUUUAUUCAUUUUUUGACGCUGCUAAAGAAAAGGAUUUAUUGGACAAAAAGAGAUUUUAAAAGCUUGGUCUAUGAAAUUUUUAUACCUAUUGUGAUGGUUAUUGUAGGGCUAGGAUUGAUGAUGAUAGCUACUCGUUUUCCAACUCCAACCAAGCAUAAAUUGACUGUGGAUUCUUAUUCAGACCCUCAAUAUCCUUUAUAUGACUGGCCUGAUAGUGUUUCAGCAGAAAUUAAAGGUGACUGAAAAAAUUAUAAAAAUACAGAAAAUGCGAAUAAUAAUAGUUUGACUGGAUUUGACUGGUAUUUGUUUGAGACUAGGGAUGACCCUUGGUCAAACCUGGCUGGAUCUGCCUGGCUCUACUGGCAGUCUGGCUCGAUGCAUAAAAUUAUGUGGUGAACCAAUCUGCCCUCUACAGCCUGUAGCCGGGCAAGAGUCUGGGGACCUAGUGGAAGGGAGAGCAGCGUUCGUUGUAUGUAUCCGGCCGGGUUUUACUUGGUCUGGUGGAGACAAUGUCGGGCUAGCUGAUCGCAGGCUCACAUCCAAGGCAACAUUUUACCUCGAGGAGGAUGAAACUUGGAAGUUGGAAAGGGAUAGCCCCAACAAGACCGGAGGGCGUUCGCCUACCAAUUGGGCAUUUUCUCAGCACGAUACAGGGAGCUGCACCCUGGCGACAAGUUUAUCUGGGUCGAGAGCCUGACCAGAAAAUUCGCUUUUAGAGUUUUUGGAAAGGGCAAUCUCGUAGCAAGUGCAAGCCCCUGUCCGGAGGGAGUAGCUUCAGCCUUAGGCUGUGCAAUCAGACUGACAAGCAGGGGUGGUGUGAAUCAAGUGAUGAUGUGGAAACUAUUUUCAAGCUUGCGGAGCUUCUCUAUAAUAGCUUGAUGAAUAAAUGGCAUUCUGGCUCUACCUGGCAUUCUGGCUCUCUACUCUAACUGGCAGUCUAGCUCUCUUGCUCUACUUGGAAGUCUGGCAACCCGGCUCUACCUGGCAGUCCGGCUCUACCUGGCAAUUCGGCUCUACAUCCCAACUCUACUGGCUCCACCUGGCAAUCGGCUCUAUAACACAAUUCGAUGUAUAAAGGAAUAAAAUGCUAAUAUAAGUUGUAUAAAAGCAUUGAAUACUAAAACUAAUUUAUAUUAUCAUCAUAAAAGUAAACAAAAUCAUUAUAAACUACAUAUAUCCAAUCAAAAAAGCGAAAUAAAUAUAUAAUUUCAACCCAUCAUAAAAUUAAGUUAUUUUAUAGUCAAAUACAUAUUGAAAAUGUUAAAAAUGAUACUUGGUUAAAUAUUUUUAAAUUAUAAGAAAAUAAAAACAUAAAGGCUUAGAAAGAAAUUACAGCCAUAUAAAGGAGAGGUUUAUUUCGAAUUUUGAACGAAAAUUUGAUUAAUCCUUUAAAAUUUUGCACGGUGAUAUUUUGGAUCAUAUAGAAAUUAUUCAAGUCAUUGAAAAAUCAGAUCACGAAAUUACUGACUCAAUUUUGGUGACUGAUUGGAAGCAAAAUAUUAAAACCUAUAGUCAUAGCAUAGGUGUUGAAAGCUAUAGAGAAGCUCAAAAAUCAGAAAUAUGUGAAGAAUUAAUAGAAAAAAGAAAAUUAAUUGAUCCAGAAAUGAAAAGUAGAUUUACCCAAAGAUUCGACCAAACUAAAUUUGCAAGAAAUCCAAAAAGAAACCAGAAAAAGAAAAAUUUUAAAUCAACAAUUAUCCAAAUGAAGAUGAAGAUGUCGAAUUAAAAAGCAUGCAUCAAUACAUGGAAGUCAAGAAAAAGAAAAGGAAACUUAAAAAGAUUUUAAUUAGGGCAUGCUCCUGAAAUAAAGAGCAAUAAGCAAUAAAAUAAUCUCUCUCUCUUUUAAUUUAUAUCAUUUUUUUAAAUAUAUCUCUACUGUUUUUGCAAUUAUUUAAAUUAUUUUUAUAAAAUGAUGGAGUAAUUUUAAAAGCAAUGCGUAAAUAUAAAUAAAAAUUUUUAAGUGGGGAUAUUUAUUUUUGAUUUAAUAGCAGUAGUUAUCGUUUCAAAACGCUAUUAAUGAACUUGAAAAUCAGUAUAGAAUUUGAGGUAGAUCCAGACUGGACUGCCAGGCAGAGCAGUUAAGCCAGGUAGACCCAGAAAGCUUGACCAGAUCCUAAUCAUUAUAGAAUGGGGUCUUAUUAUUUUAAUAGGAUGGAUGAUGAUGCAAGACAGUAUGAAUUUAUUGUUUUUCAUAACCAGUCAGCAUUUCAAGCCACUGCUGUGUGGUAUAAUAAUAUGUCUAAUGAAAUUUUAGGAAAAUUAAGCACUCCUUGGACUGUGACUGUAUAUAAUUAUCCACUUCCUUAUACAAAAAAAGUCCUUGGACUUGGGGCGACUGGGGAUGGGUUUAUUGCUUCUAUUAUAUUUUCGUUAGGAUAUAUAUAUUUUUCUAUUAAAUAAAAGCAUUUUUGACAUAUUUCUUUUUAAAAAAAAAGCCACAAUACUAGACUAUAGCUUUAUUCCUACAGGAAUUGUAGCUUUAGUAGUAAAAGAAAGGGAAAAUAACGUAAAACAUCAACAUAUGAUAAGCGGAGUUUCAAGAUUUUCUUAUUGGUGCGCUAAUUUUGUAUGGGAUUCAGUUAAGCAUUUAGUCCCUGCCAUUGUAAGUGCAUUAAUGGUAUUAGCAUUUGGCGUUGAAAUAUUGACUGAUCCUUCUGACAACUAUGGAGCAGUUUGAAUUUUGAUGCUUUUAUAUGGGAUUUCUAUUGCCCCAUUUACAUAUUUUACCAGCUUUUUCUUCAAAAAUUACCCAACUGCCCAAAUUAUGACGAUUUUAUUCAAUGUAGUGGCUGGAGGAAUUUUCCCAGCAGUUAUUUUGAUUCUUUAUAUUUUUGAUACGACUAGAGAAAUUGGACGAGUUUUGAGGUGAAUUUUUAGACUUUUCCCAGCGUUUUCGUUUGGGAAUGGGCUGAUGGAUAUUGGGAGUGUCAGUUUGUAUUCGACGCUCGAUGAUGCUGGAUAUACUUAUAAUGUUUUUGAGAUAGAAUCUGCUGGAGCUGAUAUGCUUAUGAUAGGAGUUAUGAUCCCAGUGUAUUUAUACUAUCUUUUAAUGUGUAAAUACAAUAUAAUUUAAUAUAAAAUUAUUGCUAAUAUCAAUUUAAAUGAAUAUAUUUUAGUAUAUGUCCAAGAAUAUUUAGAAACCCAUCCAAAACUGCUACAAAAAUUCUGAAAAACUCCCCAUGUAGCUCCUACUGCCUAUGAAAUGGACGAUGAUGUUGAAAAAGAAGCGAAAGCAGCAAAUACAAUCAGCCCAAAAGACGCUCAAGUUAACGUCAGAGGAGUCAGAAAAGUAUACAGGCAAGGCCUCGGCGCUGCAUUUGCUGCAGUCGAAGAUGUAAGCUUCAGCGUAAAUGAGCAAGAGUGUUUUGCCUUUCUCGGGGUAAAUGGUGCAGGAAAGACUACAACUUUCAAAAUGCUGACUGGAGAAAUCGCUCCUACUGAAGGAGAAGCCUUUAUAUGUGGCCAUAGUGUUGUAAAAGAUCUAGAAAGGGCUAGAGAUUUAAUUGGGUAUUGUCCUCAGUUUGACGCCAUUUCAGAAUUAUUAACAGCAAGGGAGCAUUUAAGGCUAUGCUUUACUAUAAUAAAUAAAUUUUAAUGAUAAACCUUAUUUAAUAAUUAUUUUUAAUAUAGAAUAUAUUCAGAUAUCAAAGGAAUUCCAAAGGACAGAAAAGAAGCACUAGUAGAAGAAAUGCUUGACCAAAUGGAUCUAAGGCAAUAUGCUGACCAGCAAGCUGGCACCUAUUCUGGAGGCAACAAACGAAAACUUUCAGUCGCAAUGGCACUUAUAGGAAACCCUACCGUCGUAUUUCUUGACGAACCGUCUGCAGGGAUGGACCCAGAAACUAGGAAAAAAAUGUGGAAAGUAAUAGGAAACCUCAAGCGAAAAAAUUCUUCAGUCAUUUUGACAACCCACUCUAUGGAAGAAGCUGAAGCAUUAUCUGACCGCAUGACAAUUAUGGUCGCUGGCAGGCUAAGAUGCCUUGGAACUGCUACUUGGAUAAAAAGUAAAUAUGGAGACCGUUAUGAAUUUGAAGCCAAAGUUCAAGUCCCCUCUCAUUUUGAAGUCACCGAUAGAGGGACUAUUUUAGACCGCCUCCUUAUGGGUGAGCAAACCAUUAAAAAUGAUCAAAUCCAACAAUGCUUAGAAUUGCUGAACGCCAGCUCAUUUUUUAAUGAAAUUCAAGAAAAAGGGGCAGGGUCUUCGCUAUUCCAACAGCUUAAAAAUGAUGGGACAGUACAAAGAGAUUCUUUAGUAUCCUGGGUAAUUAUUGAAGAAAUGGGUGACAAAAUUUAUGAGUGGCUUAAAAGUGAGUUUAGCAAGGUAUUUAAUUUCCCAUAGAUGGCGCUAUUUUGUCCUUGAUUUUCCCACUGGGAAAAUUUUUGGUUUGGCCAAACCAUAUGGAACUAGUCGAACCAAAAAAUUUUUCCAGUGGGAAAAUCAAGGCCAAAACAGCGCCAUCCACAGGAAAUUGCAAUAGAAAUAAUGGAACAUUUUUCGUCACUUUUUAAGUUUAAAAUUGCCAAAGAAAAUGAAAAAUCAAUUGGUUACUUGUUUUCAGCUGUAGAGACGAAUAAAGAAGUACUGAAAAUAUCGGAGUAUGCGCUCUCACAAAGCUCGCUGGAACAGAUUUUUAAUGAUUUUGCAAGGAAAGGGGAAGCAGAGCAGGCUGGUGUGGUGAGAAGAUACCAAGAAUAA